AUGAAUCAAUCAUCGUUUACCAUUAUCUUUACAUUAUUGGUUGCUAUUAUUGGCAAUUGUGUUGGCCAAUACACCUAUCAAGGUGGUUUCAAUAACAAUGGUGACGGUGGUAGAAUUAUUAUUGCCAAGGGUAGCACUGCUGGCUCUUAUUCCAUCUCGUCUGACAUUAGAAUGACCUUGACUUCUGGUAUUGAAAAUGAUAUCACUGUGAUCGUUGACUUUGUUCCAGGCCAAGGCUCUGCCACUCCAAAGACAGGCUUUCCUUUGACUUUUGGUGGUAUUGUUGGAUUUGAGACACCAGCUCUCCCCAACUUCAGAGUCUUCCAAGUUCCAAGCACAGCCGUCAAUGUCGCCUCGAUGGAAGCCGCUGUUGCAUCGACCAUGAAGAAUGGCUCGACCGAUCAUUUCACAUUGAGUGCUCGUGAUUCUACCAAGACCUUCUCUGGACCACUUGUCUUUGUUCCAGCUACUCCAUCGACUACCAACGUCCAAACCUCUACUACUGCUAGUCCAUUCACCAAUGGUGCCACCACCACUUCACGUCCAACUACCGCUGCUGCUACUACCACCACAACCACUGGUAGCACUACCGGACAUAAGGGUACCAACAGCUCUACCACUGCUGCAUCGACAACCUCCCAAACCACUAGCACCACCACCACUUCUACCACUGGUGAUGCAAGAGCCACCAAUCCAUUUGUCUUCCUCAAUCUAGUUCUCCUUGUUGUUUCAUUGUUCUAUUCUCUAUAG